CGCACGAUUUGUAUGUAAUUUCCGCUUUCACCUACCAGUACCUUGUGGCUUAAUACAGGUGGUAAAUAGAAGCCACACGCUAAGGCUUUUCUGUGUAGAACAGUACAUCGGCUCUGUUUCAAUUUGCAUCAGAAUAGAAUGUCUUCACUUCUCAAAGUGGACAAUGAAAUUAAAACCAAGGUUGAUGCUUUCAGAGAACGAAUCACCGGUGAAGCAGAAGACUUAGUCGCAAAUUUUUUCCCAAAGAAGCUGUUAGAACUAGACCAUUUUCUCAAGGACCCAAUCCUAAAUAUACAGGAGCUAAAGGAGAUACAUUCGGAGAUCAACCUGACGGUGCCUGAUCCCAUUCUUCUCACCAACAGUCACGAUGGGCUUGAGGUGCCAAAUGCCAAAAAGAGGCGAAUGGAAGAUGAAACAGGGGACGACAACUGCCAAGUGACUGGAACCAAGGUGUUUGUGAUGCCGGGUGGAAUGAUGAAGAGCAACAAUAAGUUGGUUGACCUUAUUGAAAAGGUUAAGCCAGAGAUCCGGACGCUGAUAGAAAAGUGUAACACCGUGAAAAUGUGGGUUCAGCUGUUAAUCCCGAGGAUAGAAGAUGGAAACAAUUUUGGAGUUUCAAUCCAGGAGGAAACUGUAGCAGAGCUCAGGACCGUUGAAGGAGAAGCUGCUUCUUAUCUGGACCAGAUCUCAAGGUACUACAUAACAAGAGCAAAGCUUGUUUCCAAAAUUGCUAAAUACCCUCAUGUUGAAGACUAUCGACGCACGGUAACAGAAAUUGACGAAAAGGAGUAUAUCAGUCUCAAGAUCAUUGUCUCAGAGUUGAGAAAUCAAUACGUAACAUUACAUGACAUGAUUUUGAAGAACAUCGAGAAGAUCAAGAGGCCACGCAGCAGCAAUGCUGAUGCACUGUAUUAACACCCCAGCCUCUCAGAACCCCCCCAGUCCCACAUCACCUAUCGCACCCGUCACCAUCUAUAGUGCUGCCGACACAGUUGGAGUCUCGGUUCCGGUUCUGAUGGAGUGGACUGUUGCAACUGGAUCAAGACGGCCCUUCAAGUGUUGCAAAGCAUGAACUCAUCGCAUGAUUCUUUUAGGUUUAUGAAAAAUGACCCCUUUUUAAACCUCGUGAAAAAUGGGCAGCAAAACUUUCAGUGGUCAUAGAACAUGCUGCAAGCCCAGGGGGAGUCAGGGUUCAGAGUGCAUCCAUGAAACGUCUCCAAAUUUUGCUUUUAAUUUGUGAUAUUUAUCCUUUCUCAAUACACAAUUAAAUCUAGAUGCUGGAUUUCCCGAUACAGUCAAGGCUUGAAUUACCUUGAAUAGCUCUUAAAUUACAGAAGUCUGAGACUUUCAGUACAAUUUCACUGCAUUGCCAGGCUGCUGUAAUUGACCACUGUUUAUGUUCACCUGUCUUUGGACUACAAAUCAUCAAGUAAAUAUUUUGUUUGUUUUUUUCUUUUUUUAAAUGUAAGACAAUGAAUUUGACCUGUUUUGUCUGUUGUUGAUGUGCAUUUUUGUUCAUAUCUCUCAAAGUAGACCUCUUUCCUGAAAAGCAUCCUUUGAAUUGAAUGUAUGAACAUUUUAAUUUUGCUUACUCAGAAAAGUGUAUGUGCAGAAGGAACAGUUUGCAUGGUUGAUGUAUUAGAAUGAAUUGACAACCAGUUGGUUUUGAACACGUGUCUCCUUUGCUCUUUUCCCUGACAGCAUCCAUUCCUUUCAAGAGCUGUUUAAAUGGCUCUUGAAAGCAUUUGUUUUAAAGGUGUUAUUUUACAUAAUAAAACCUUGAAAUGUUACUUAAUAUUUUAUCUUCACAUGCUUAAGUUCCCAUAUUGUACUAAAAUGUUGGAGAGUCAUUUCUACUGGUUAAAAUAUCUGAGCUGGAAUUAUUGCCAGGAUCUUACCAAGUAGUUCUGUGAUUGAGUGGUCACAUCAGUAUUCCCUCUUUCUGUCCCUAUAACGAUGAUUUUUUUAAAAAUUACUCUUCACACACACUCGGAUCAUUGCCUGUUUUACAGGAAAUAUUGAGAAAAUAAUUUGAGAUAAACAUAAUUUAAUCCACUUGUAUGCUUGUGCUGCGACAGAGACUCGUAUACAUUUUUUUUUUAUUUUUUUACCAAGCUUGUAUAACUUUUCCUGACAUUUCAAGAAUGAACUGACUCAAUCAAUUUGAGAAUCAAUCAGAUUUGAGCUGUAUUGUGUGUUUUUCCUCUAUACUUUUUUUGUAUUUCGUUGAGCCUGGAUGGCUCCAGGACUGUAGAUCUCAUCUUGUAAUCGGUGUAUGAUGUCCCCCAAAGGAAAGUGUAUUUUAUGUAUAUAUUUUUAAAUCACACUACUGCUUACUAAUUGUAUAAAGUUACUGCCAGUAUGUGGGUUUCUCUUCAACUCACAAACUUUAAACUGUGUCUUAACCCAAGACCUGAAUUUGUAGUUUUAGACCAGAGAGGGGUGAAGGCCUCUGCUGGUCCUUGGAUCUUCUGUUUGAUUCACACUGCAGCAGACAGUUCAGUUUCCAUUGAUUACUCAUUUUGCAAAGCUGGUCAUGGUUUUCCUCAGCUACUUAGGUUUUAAAAAUAUAAUAAUUACCCAGGGGUAGCUGAGGUUUGAUGUAUGGAUAAGCUAUAUGCUUACUGUCAAUUAACUUAAUUGGACCAACCAAGAAAUUCCACAUCAAAGCAUCUUAUCCAUUCUGGUCAGGAAUGACCGACCCUCUUCCUGAAUGGUAUCUGCACACACUUCAUGGCUACCAUCAACAUCAUUUUGCGAAGGAUGGCCUUUGGAAGUGUUGGGCCAGUAUUGCCUAUUACUAUUGUGGUCAAUGAACAACAGAAUAUUAGAAAGCAAAACAAUGUGGAAGAGUAACUGUCUGUUGCUUCUUAGUACAAAAUGUUGAUAUUGAUGGGCAGAGGUGGAUCGUGUACAGCUACUUGCAUCUUGGAACAGUUAUGUGUCUAUAAAAUGUUGUGUAUGCACCUCCCAGCUAUUGAAAUGGUGAACUUGGCAGAAUGUCAUGAAAAUAAAUCAAUGUAUUAAUAAUGUC